UUAGAGCCUGCAGACUUCGCCCCUCCACGCCUGGACCUAGUGACGGUGAAUGUGACUGGAAGUCCACUGUGGUGUUUUUUGGGGUUCGUGGAUUUUUUGUGGUUCAAAAAGGGUUUUAUUUUUCCCCGAAACACCGUUUAUUUGAAUCGUAGCUAUGUCUAAGGGAGGUACCUUAAAGUUUUUGUCGGCGUGUCGCGUUAUGGCUUUGUACCUCACGCUCUUUGGAUACUUUGGGAAUGUAUAUUCUGGGACGGUUUUGGUGAACUCCAAUAACGCGAUCAAAAACCUGCCCGGCGGAGGGGCCAAACCCUCGGACGCGGUCAGUCCGAGUCCUGGCACCUCUCUUUCUGAAAGCAUUGUGCAGAAAGCACCCGUGGAAACGUUACAGCCGGGAGCGUGCACAGAGGAUGACGAGUGCGGAGCAGAUGAGUUCUGCAACGACGUCCGCGGUGCGUGCCUGCCCUGCCGAAAGAGCCGCAAGCGGUGCGGGCGCGACUCCAUGUGUUGUGCUGGAAACCGCUGUAGCAACGGAGUUUGUCAGGCCAACGACGUGUUGGACCCCGUCACGGAGAGUGUUUUUUUGCGCAGACACAACAGCACCAUGGAGCACCAUGCCAAGAGACCCCCCCCUGCCAACGGUGGUCCGAACCAGUCUGUUAAAGGUCAGGAGGGAGACACGUGCCUGAGGUCGUCCGACUGCUCCGAGGGUUUCUGCUGCGCGCGCCACUUCUGGUCGCGCAUCUGCAAGCCGGUGCUGAGCGAGGGCCAGGUGUGCACGCGCCACCGCAGGAAGGGCGCCCACGGCCUGGAGCUCUUCCAGCGCUGCGACUGCGGCGACGGGAUGGCCUGCCGGCCUGAGCGGGGUGGCGGGGGUGGGGCCGCCGAGAGGGAGCACGUGGCCCCCCCGGCGGCGGCGGCGGGGGCCGGCCGCACCGGCGCCCGGAACCUACACACCUGCCAGAGACGCUGA